AUUGGUCGACAAACUUGGAAAGUUCCGAUCCACAACAUUAGCUCACCAAAUGCAACGCCAGUUCCAGAAAUGGUGGCCUACACGGUAGCGUCCUCAUAGGUGUGCACUGCACGGCAGAGGCAUAUAAGAAUUAGUACAAUGAACCCACAUUUCUGCAAAGGAAGCCAUGGAAUCUGUACUUGAGAGCACGCAUACUUUCAGCGCUCAUAAUCUCAACGAAAGCACAGAGAAAGAAGGGGGAUUGAUUCUGCAUUUGCCCAGCAUGAUCCUGCGCUUAGUGAAAACAAUUGGGGAUCUCAAUGGCUUCGAUGUGGCGGUCGCCAUUGUGGGUUUUAUGGCAUUCCAUGUCUUCAUACAGAGGAAAUUGCAGCAGCAAAUCAUGGUGUGGCCUCUGGUGGGCAUGCUUCCAUCACUGGUCCUUCACCUCAACGACCUGUACGACUGGUUCUCCGAAACAGUCAUACAGAACGGAGGGACAUUUCAGUUCAAAGGUCCGAUCUUUAGCAAUCUCCAGGUGGUGGUCACCUGCGAUCCGGCGAACAUCGAGUACAUGCUCAAGACCCGAUUUUCAAAUUUCCCAAAAGGCCCCUAUUUCAGAACAGUAGUUCACGAUCUUCUCGGCGACGGAAUCUUCAACGCCGACGAUGAGCUCUGGCGCCGCCAGAGAAAAACGGCGAGCAUCGAAUUUCACUCUGUGACUUUCAGAGAUCAUAUUGUGGAGUCCCUGAAGCAGCUCGUCGACGACCGGCUGAUUAAAAUCCUCGACGAUGCCGCCGCCAGACGGGUGCCGGUUGAUUUGCAGGACAUUCUACUGAGGCUAACAUUUGAUAAUGUCUGUAUGAUUGCUUUUGGAGUCGAUCCCGGCUGUUUGGCCGUCGGAUUACCAGAAAUCCCGUUCGCCAAGGCCUUCGAACAGGCAACUGAGGCUACUGUUUACCGGUUCGUCACGCCGACGGCGCUGUGGCGGCUCAUGAGAUUCUUCAACGUCGGGACGGAAAAAAUGCUAAAGGCGGCUCUCCGGGGAGUCGAUGAAUUUGCCUCCGGCGUCAUUCAAUCCAGAAGAAAUGAACUGAACUCUAAUUCCAAUUCUAAUGGCAAGGAUCUUCUCACCAUUUUCAUGCAGCUGCAGGAUGAACAGGGGAAUAAUUAUUCCGAGCAGUUUUUACGAGACAUUUGCAUUAAUUUCAUCCUGGCUGGCCGUGACACGUCAUCCGUGGCGCUGACGUGGUUCUUCUGGCUCCUCCACGGGCACCCUCACGUGGAAGAAAAAAUCCUCAUGGAGAUCAAGACCCUUGUUCAUGGGUCCCGAACUGGUGACGUGGAUAUCACGGAAGUUACUUUCACAGCCGACGAUUUGAAGCAGAUGCAGUAUUUACAGGCGGCGGUUUCCGAGGCCCUGCGGCUUUACCCGUCCGUGCCGGUCGACCACAAGGAAGUGAUCCAUGAUGACCGGUUGCCCGAUGGGACCGUUUUGAAGAGCGGCGGGAAGGUUUUGUAUCUGAUUUACGCGAUGGGUCGUAUGGAGAGCAUAUGGGGGAAGGAUUGCAGGGAAUUUAGGCCCGAGCGGUGGAUGAGAGACGGGCGAUUUAUGAGCGAGUCAGCGUAUAAAUAUACGGCCUUUAAUGGCGGCCCUAGGCUCUGUUUGGGGAAGGAUUUUGCGUAUUUUCAGAUGAAAUGGGUUGCGGCUUCGAUUAUUUCCAGGUUUAGGGUUAGUGUUGUGCCUGGUCAUCCUGUUGCUCCUAAGCUUGCGCUUACCAUGUAUAUGAAGCAUGGUCUCAUGGUAAAUUUGCAUCCCAGAGCUAAAGAAAUUGUUAGGGCACAGGGUUAGCUGGUUCUUGCUCUGCUGCAAAUAAAUUACAAGGCUUCUAGUACUGUUAGGGUUUUUAGGGUUUGAUUACUUACUGUAAGUUUUUAUUAUUAAUAUUGCUGGGUCGCUUCUAUCUGGUCUGAAUGUUUCUGCAGCCAAUGGUUGGAUAGAAGAUUGAUCUGGUUUUUUUUGUAUUUUUUAAUUUUUAUGGAAAUAACUAUUUAUAUUGUGGUUUUUAAUUUUAAUGUAUAUUUUUGGUUAAA